AUGAGCUCGCAGCGCUAUCAACGGGUGAAUGCCCACGAUGAAGAAGAUGACUCUCAGUCCUACCAGUUGAAUCCUCAACGGUCCGGUCACAACCCGACUUCUCCGCCUCCAUCAUUUCGUUCCCGAUCAUCCUCGCCGUCAUCGAGGCGAUUACUCCACGGCGAUCCACACCGGAACGAUGAUGAACAAACGCUGGCCGAUGCCUUUGGAAGCGAGGAUGAGUCCGAUAAUGAUGAAGAACCUGACGACCGGCAACGCUUGAUGCGUGCAAACCCGGAUACCCGGUCGUCCGCGGGUAAUGAUCAGACUGGCGCCGCGGCAUCUUCAUCCGAACGCAGGAGUGACGGCCAGGAUCAGUCACGAAUCUCUGCACUUGCCCGCCGGCCUACAAUACUACCCAACUUUGCGCCGACUUCUCCAGGGACAGGAAGCCGAUCCGUCGCUGUAUCAAAUGAUGGGGUCUUCGCCAAUCUGGCAGCCAAGCCGGAACGGGGCGAGAAGAACGAAGAUCUGCCUCCGUCGUACGAAGAAGCAGCCGCCGAUGCGACACCACCAUACUGGGAGACCACGAUUGUGGCUCCCGGUCUAUCCUCCGACGAAGUCUAUGUGGAUGGCUUGCCUGUUGGCUCCAUCUUCUCAUUUGUAUGGAACGCAAUGAUCUCGAUGUCCUUCCAGCUGGUUGGUUUCCUUUUGACCUACCUCCUUCACACUACCCAUGCCGCAAAGAACGGCAGCCGAGCCGGCCUCGGUCUUACUCUGGUCCAAUACGGUUUCUACAUGAAGGGGGGCAGCGAACCCUCCGGGUCUGAAGGGGCCGGUGGUGAUCAAUACGUUCCACCACAAGACCCCAACAGCCACAAUUUCGACCCCAACUCCGUCGGCGAUACGUCGGGAGGCGAUGGUGGAGGCGCCAUGUCCGGCAUUUCCACCAGCGAGUGGAUCUCGUACAUUCUGAUGAUUGUCGGGUGGUUCAUUUUGAUCCGUGCUGUCAGCGAUUUCCUGCGAGCGCGACGCCAUGAGCAGCUGGUGCUACAGAGUCCUGACCGUGGCCUGGGCGUGCCUAUCAUCGCUGAGGGCGAGCGGUCGGAGACUGUCGUUUAA